AUGAACCCGCAACAGCAGCUGGGCACCUUCGGGGAGCUGGUGGAUUUUGAGAUGUUGGUGCCAAGCAGGGAGAUACCGGGCUGCCAGGCUCGUGAGCACGGUGCCCCCCCCAGAGAACAUGCUGCCCCUGCCAGGCACUCUCUGCCUCCUGGCAUGCCCUUCGCUCUGGAACCCUGGGGUUACAGCUCGGAGCUGUCCGUGGUACCAGCGCCAAUGGAGCCUCCUGGAUUCAGAUACGCACUGACCCCCUGCCAUCUGCAGUCCCCGAGAGACAGGGGCUGCCACUAUCGUCACCUGGGCCCUGGGGGCAGCUCUGCCCCCCUGAGGGGCGAAGGGGGCUUCCCAACAGUAGUUGGGAAGGAGAGGGUGACCCAGGCUCCCCAGGGGGCGGGAGGAGAUGGGGCGGGGAGGGGGCAAGAGGGCUGCAGGGGGGAGUCCGUGCUGGUGCCCCCUGGAGGAGGCGCCCCGGAGGAGAUCGACACCCGCGAGCUGGCGAGGCACAUCACGGCCGAGCUGAAGAGGCACAGCAUCCCCCAGGCCAUAUUCGCCCGGAGGGUCCUCCGCAGGUCACAGGGGACCCUCUCCGAUCUCCUGCGCAACCCCAAACCCUGGAGCAAGCUCAAGUCCGGCCGGGAGACCUUCCGAAAGAUGUGGAAGUGGCUGAGGGAGCCGGAAUUCCAAAGGACAUCCACGCUCCAGCUGGAAGCCUGCAGGAGGAGAGAGAACAGGCAGCGCUGGACCGAGCGCCAAUGCCUACCCAAGAAGGCCCGGUUGGUCUUUAGCGAUGUACAGCGCAGGACCCUGCUCGCUGUCUUUCGGGAGAACCCCCGGCCCAGCAAGCAGACGCAAGCAGCCGUCGCCGCGCGGCUUGGCCUCGAACUCUCCACCGUCGCCAACUUCUUUAUGAACUCUCGACGUCGGAGCCUGGACAAGUGGGCGGAGGGGGUUGGGCCCCAUCCUGUGGGCCCCGUGACCUCAGCCACCACCUUCGAGGCUGCCUAUGCCAACUCGUGAGCACCAUGGG